AUGGCUCUUGAAAACGGUCAACAACAGCAGAAGGUCUGGGUUAAUUUAGAAACAGAGUAUCCUGAAGUAGUUUUGUGUGUUGGAAAAAUAUGUUUUGGUGAAAAGGCAAGAAAAAAGAUGCCAAAAAAUUCAAAACAAGAUCAAAAAUACACCCUUGCCUGUGCAGUGUGUGCCUUGCUGAACUCUGGAGGAGGUGUAGUAAAAGCAGAGAUUGAAAAUGAAAACUACAACUUAGAAAGAGAUAAGAUCGGACCAGAUUUAGAAGAGACUUUUCGGUCUCUUCUUUUGUUUCCAGACUGGAGAAAAUACCUGGACGUUGAACAGCGAGGUAAUUACCUUUUGAUUUUUAUUAAAACCUGGAGCAGUGAAAACACAUCCUUAACCUCUACAAGUGCAAAGCCACGUAUCUGUAGCCUGAGUACUGGGUUGUAUGCAAAAUCUGGUGAUUCUCUUUCCCACGUGAAGCCUACCGGAGCUUUUUUGUUCCUUAAAGAAAAGCAAAAUGACGCCAGGGGGGAGCUUAGCCCAGGACCACCUGCUAAAAUCAGGAAGACAUGGGCUAUUGAAGGAGACAUGAAUAUUAUAAAUAACACUGUUGAUGAGUUGUUUAAUAGGGACCAACUGCGACAUGGAGAGACACUAACUUUCACAGAGUCAGGACUUGUGGAAUUUAAGCACUAUGGAACUGAAAAAAUUUUGACUCGUGUCAAAGAGAUAUUACCUCAGUAUAUCGCUGGAUUUGCAAACACAGGCGGCGGGUAUUUAUGGAUCGGUGUGGAUGAUGACAGCAGAGUGCAGGGAUUCAGCAGUGAUGAUGAGGACCUUGAAAAAUUACACUGCCUAAUCAGUUCCAUUCAAAACAAAUUAACCCUCUUCCAUUUCUGCGGGAGUGGAAAUACACACAACAUAAGGUAUGAACAAAAAAUCUUCAAAGUAUACCGCGAGGCUGGAGAUCACUGUGGCUACGUCUGCGCUGUGAAGAUUCAGCCAUUUACUUGCGUCGCUUUUUCCGAAGACCCGGACUCGUGGCUAGUGGAAGGCAGCACCAUCAGGAGACUGAGAGCAGACGAGUGGGCUGCGUGGAUGACCGCUGCUGAUCCAGAUCUUUCAAAGUUUUCUGAGACCUUUAGGCUAGAGCUCAGUCUGACAGAGGGGCCACCUCUUGCCAAGCCAGUUUAUUCCCACCAGGCCGUUGACAAUGUUGAUAAUCUUUGUGAGCAACUGUUUCCAGUGAGAUCCCACAGCAUAAUAUAUACUCCAGAAAAACUCUGCAAAGAUCUCCUCCAGGAGCAUCCAGGGUUGGAUAUUCUGAUGAAAAAUCAAUCGAAGCAGCUUUCUGAGGGAGUUCUGAUAUUUUCCAGAAGCUGGGCUGUUGAGGUCGGCUUGCCAGAAAACCAAGACAUAAUUUGUGAUGUUCUCCUAAUAGCCAAGGAUAGGCCACCUAUCCUCUAUACAAUCUGUAAGCAUCCUAUCUCAAAGGAUUUGUUUGAAUACUCAAGACGCAUAGCCUGGAGGCUGAAGGAGAAAUUAGUCAACACGGGGGGCUAUAUUCACAAAUUGUGUGUAAUACCAAAGCUACUGACUUUGCCUCCCAAAAUUGACUGUGGAGAAGAAUGGGAUCUGAAUAUUCAUGAAAUGUAUCCCCGAAACUACAGCCUAAUCAACAGCAACAACUUGAAGGCCCUCUUGCAUGCUCUCACAGUAGCUCUGCUGACUUUCAAGUCCUUUUUAAGUGACCGCGUUGGUUCUGAGUUUUUGAACCUCUUGACCAUCAAACAAUACCAGCUGCUGUCAGAAAAUCUUCACAAAACUAAGAAGCUGUAUGUUUAUGGUCUACCAGGAACAGGAAAAACUGUAGUGGCCCUGAACAUCAUAGAGAAAAUAACAACUAUGCUGAAGUGCAAAAAAGAGGAGAUUCUUUAUGUAUGUGAGAACCAGCCUCUGAGAGAUUUUGUACGGCAGAAAAACAUUUGCCAGGCUGUGACAAGAGUAGCCUUUUUGAAGGCAAGCUUUGAGGAUGUGAAGCACAUAAUAAUUGAUGAAGCACAGAAUUUCCAAGAUGGGGAAGGUGAUUGGUAUAACAAAGCCUUGACUCUAACUUCAGCACCGUAUCUCCCUGAGCCCGGCUUUUUCUGGAUUUUCUUGGACUACUUACAGACAAAUCACUGCUUCUCAACUGGUCUUCCAGCAGCAACACGGCAUGAUCCUGUCGAGUCGCUAACCAAAGUGGUUCGUAAUGCUAACAAUAUCUAUAGGUAUAUAAAACAAAAGAUGGAAAUUAUUGUAAAGUGCUCUACCCUAAAUAUCCCCAGCCAGCGUUUGGAAAAGUUAUUGUGCAGAGCCACGUGUGCUCAUGCUGUGCAAGGCUGUAUUGAAGUAAAACACAACCUAGACAGAAAUGGAACAGCGAAGUAUGUGGCAGAACGUUGUCGUACAUAUCUUAAAAAGGGUUACUCCGAGAAAGAUAUUGCUAUUCUGUGCUACAGUGAUGAAGAAGUAAAAGCAUACUAUGGAAUACUAGUAUCAGAAAUGAAGUCGAAGUCAAAUAUAUUAUUAACAAAAAUGGAGGGAGGGCUAGAGGAGCACGCUAUUCUUGACAGCAUCCGUCGUUUCUCUGGCUUAGAAAGAAGCAUUGUGUUUGGUAUUAUUCCUCAAUCCUUUCCAUUUCAGGAAAAAAUUUUCACAAAUAUAUUGGUCUGUGUAGCAUCCAGAGCUAAUUUAAAUCUACACUUGGUAAUUGGAAACAGGUAACCACAUAGGAUCCCAACAAGGCCCUGGUAGGUCAAUGGUUAUAUAGGUUUGAAAUUUUUUUACUCUGUAUUUGAAGUAGAAGGAUUUCCUUUGUAAUGGCCAGUCCUCUCUAAAAGCCCAGAAGUUCUUGGAAAGCCUCUACAGUCUGUUUUAAAUCAAAUGUAAGGUUUCAGUAAUGCAGAGAGAAGAGAUACUUUGAAUGCCAGUAGAAUUACAUCAUUCCCUGAAGGCUCCUUUCAAGGACUUGCAAAACCUGAUGCUCAGCCUUUGACCGCAUGCAGGCGCAUUGCCAAGUGAAAGCCACUAUGCCAAGACAGGAAACUGGAAGACUUUCUGGCUUUCACCAGCUCACUCCCAUACUCACAGUUCUGCUCAGAAAAGUUACCAAACAGCACAGGCAUCCAGUGUUAGAAGCCUUUUUUUUUAAAAGACAGCCCCUGUUCGGAUACCUAGGAAACUAAAAAUGGGGCCUCUGUCCAUGUUUUAGCUAAGAAAUACAAAUAAAUGGCUUUUACAGAAGUAGUUUCCCCACUCAAUUUCGGCAACAGUCAGUAUGGGUUAGAAGAAACCGGUUGCUCCGAAGAGGAGCUUUAGUGGGAGAAGGAAGACUUUGCAUAACUGCCCUUAGAUACCAGUGGCAUUUUUGUCUUCGUUUCAGACAUGUUGGUUAGAUAAAACUCUCUGUAUAGAGUUAUGCAAAGUACUUUUGAAAGACAGCCAAGAUUCCUAAAACUGGGUAUCCAAAAUUGAAGGCUGGUUGAAAACAA